AUGGAGCCCUUUGAAUCCGAAACAGUUAGUUCCCUCACCAAGGACGAGUUGGGGGAAACUUCUUCCCCUGUUCACUCCCUCGAACAGGAUCCUCAACCCUCAGAUCUCAAUCACGUUGCCGAGGGUGAUGAUGCACUUGGUGGGGAGUUUCAGGACAAGUUGGAUUUAAAGGAUGAGGGUGAGAGUGAGGAUAAAGGUUCGAACUUGGAAGAUGGGUAUGAAAAUUUGAGUGAUCAAGGUGCUGCACCUGAACGUGGUAAGGGAGAAGUGUGUGAUGAUGGUGGUGGUGAUGAUGAUGCUGCUGUUGAUGGUGAUGUUGAUGAUGAUGGCUGGAAUGGUGGGGAUGAGGGGUGUGAUUGGAUUGAGAAUGUGAAUGAGAGUGAGAAUGAGAAGGUGGGUGGAGAUGUCGAGGGAGUGGAGAACAGGGAUGAGAGGAGCAGUGGUAGAACUCAACAGUAUCCCUUGAGACCAGAGGCUGAAGACUGUGCUUUUUAUCUCAAAACUGGGAGUUGCAAAUUUGGAUUCAAUUGCAAGUUCAAUCAUCCGCUUAGGAGGAAAAACCAGGCUAAAAAUGAAAAUGCUGGAGAAAGGGAAGAACAGUCAGAAAGAUCAGGGCAGAUGGAAUGCAAGUAUUAUUUAAGGUCUGGCGGGUGUAAGUUUGGAAAAGCUUGUAAGUUUAAUCACACAAAGGGAAAGUGUUUGUCAGCAUCUCCAAUUGUAGAGCUUAACUUCCUUGGCCUGCCUAUUCGUGUGGGAGAGAAAGAGUGUCACUAUUACAUGCGUACUGGCUCUUGUAAGUUUGGAGCAAACUGCAAGUUUAAUCAUCCCGAUCCUACAUCUGGAGGAGGUGAUUCUCCUUCCGGUUAUGGUAAUGGAAGUUCUGUUUCAUUACAAGGUGUAUCACAAUCAUCUAUAUCCUCAUGGUCUUCUACUAGACCAGUAAAUGAAUCUGCUCCUUUUGUGCCGGUGAUAAUUUCAGCUAAUCCAGGGGUUUCUGCCCAAACUUCUGAAUGGAAUGGAUAUCAGGCACCUGUCUAUCUACCUGAGAGGAAUAUGCAUCCACCUUCAACAUAUAUCAUGAACAACCCAGUUAUGGAAACAAAUGUUUAUUUGCACAGUCAAAAACAAAUGGAGGUUGAAGAGUUCCCAGAAAGGCCUGGUGAACCUGAAUGCAGCUAUUUCUUAAAAACUGGGGAUUGCAAGUUUAAAUAUAAUUGUAAGUUUCACCAUCCAAAGAAUCGAAUUGCAAGAUUACCUCCAUGCAGCCUUAGUGACAAGGGUCUACCUUUGAGACCGGACCAGAAUGUGUGCACGUAUUACAGCCGGUAUGGAAUUUGCAAAUUUGGACCAGCUUGUAAGUUCGACCACCCACCACCCUCAUCAAUGGCUGGACUUGAUCAACAAUCCUCGUACUCAAAUUCAGUUAGUGUUGAUGUAGCAGAAAAUGGAGGCGGCGUUAGUGAUGCGAAUCAACUGUCUCUAUAA